AUGCCUAUUUCAAAGAAAGACAGAAUCGCUCGUGAGCACAAGAAGGCCGAUAAGGAAGGCACCCGCGCCCCGGUCAAGGCAAAUGGCCUUCCAGUUAAACCAGCCGCACCAAAGUCAAAAUGCGAGUUCUGCAAGAUGGAAUUGGUCAACACAAACAAGGCACAAUUGAUAAGCCAUGCUGCAAAGCACGAAGACAAGGGAUGGACCAAGGAGAAGUGCUGGCCAAAUGAUUUCACUGCUUAAGAGACUGGACAAAUGAGACUACAGUAUGGCGGAACAUGAUACCAUGAAUUGUUGGGGAGUAAGGCGAAAUCAGUCAUCCUGAGGGCAUUGCAUAUUCCGAUGAAGGGUCUUAGGGAAUGGGGGGCAUAUUUUACGAAGCCGACUAUUGGGUUUCCGAAAUAGCAAUUAUGAAUGAUCGUCCCCUCACAAU